GGUCAAUAGAGGGGUUAUUAUUUGAGCCAUGGCAACCAAGUUGUUAACUUAAGCGGGACGAAAUAUGUUUUCCCUGGUUGUUGGGGCCAAAUGAUUGUGAAAAUGAAGUACACUGUUGUGACUUUUGCGUUGUUUGCGCUGAAUUUUGGCUCAGCAGAAAGUACUCACAAGGGCUUUCACGAAGAUCAUUACUUUGGUGAACAGCACAAUCCAGAACAUGACGUCAAUGUCCUCCUUGGCAAUAAGGACCAUGAUGAGAUUAAGAAGCUCAGUCCAGUUGAACUGAGGAAGAGAAUGGUGGAAAUUGUGAAGAAGAUUGAUACGGAUAACGACAAGCUUUUAACUGCAGAGGAGCUCACUCUAUGGAUACAGCAGGUUUACAGGCAGUAUGCAUUGGAGGAUGCAGAGGAAAGGUUUCCAGAAUUUGAUACAAACAAAGAUGGUGUUGUGUCUUGGAAUGAAUAUAACAUGGUCAUGCAUGAUCACAUCAUUGAUGUAGAUGAAAAUACGAUUCUGGAGGACCCAGAGGAAGAAUCGGUUCGAUUUCUUCAUCUAAAGGAAAAGAGGCGCUUUGAAUUUGCUGAUGCAGAUGGUAUACCUGGCCUGAACUUAACUGAAUUCCUUGCAUUUACUCAUCCAUCUGAAGUGGAUCAAAUGGCUGAUUUUGCCAUUGAAGAUGUUCUGAACGAAUAUGACAGGGAUGGAGAUGGGUUGAUCAGCAUUGAGGAAUUCCUUGGAGACCUUCGGACAAAUGCUGAAGAUAAACCGUCACAGUGGGAAAUCGAUGAAACCAUUCGAUUCAAGCACCUGUAUGACCAGGAUAAAGAUGGCAAACUAAACCGCGAAGAGCAACUUCGCUGGGUAGCUCCAAAUAGCUAUGGCUCUGCGAGAGAGGAGGCGAUCCACCUGAUAAAGGAAAUAGACCAAGAUGGCGAUGAGAGGCUGUCGGAACAGGAGAUAUUGAAAAAUCAACAGAUCUUUAUGAAUAGUGAAGUGACUGAUUAUGGAAGACAGCUUCAUGUGACCCAUGACGAAUUAUAG